AUGACCAGAAGUACUGACAACAGUACUAUAGUGACCAGUAGUAUUGACAACAGUACUAUAAUGACCAGAAGUAUUGACAACAGUACUAUAGUAACCAGUAGUAUUGACAACAGUACUAUAAUGACCAGUAGUACUGACAACAGUACUAUAGUGACCAGUAGUACUGACAACAGUACUAUAGUAACCAGUAGUAUUGACAACAGUACUAUAGUGACCAGUAGUAUUGACAACAGUACUAUAGUGACCAGUAGUACUGACAACAGUACUAUAGUGACCAGUAGUAUUGACAACAGUACUAUAAUGACCAGAAGUAUUGACAACAGUACUAUAGUGACCAGUAGUACUGACAACAGUACUAUAGUGACCAGAAGUACUGACAACAGUACUAUAGUAACCAGUAGUAUUGACAACAGUACUAUAAUGACCAGUAGUAUUGACAACAGUACUAUAGUGACCAGUAGUAUUGACAACAGUACUAUAGUGACCAGUAGUAUUGACAACAGUACUAUAGUGACCAGAAGUACUGACAACAGUACUAUAGUGACCAGUAGUAUUGACAACAGUACUAUAGUGACCAGUAGUAUUGACAACAGUACCAUAGUGACCAGUAGUACUGACAACAGUACUAUAGUGACCAGUAGUAUUGACAACAGUACCAUAGUAACCAGUAGUAUUGACAACAGUACUAUAGUGACCAGUAGUAUUGACAACAGUACCAUAGUAACCAGUAGUAUUGACAACAGUACUAUAGUGACCAGUAGUAUUGACAACAGUACUAUAGUGACCAGUAGUAUUGACAACAGUACCAUAGUGACCAGUAGUACUGACAACAGUACUAUAGUGACCAGUAGUAUUGACAACAGUACCAUAGUAACCAGUAGUAUUGACAACAGUACUAUAGUGACCAGUAGUAUUGACAACAGUACCAUAGUGACCAGUAGUACUGACAACAGUACUAUAGUAACCAGUAGUACUGACAACAGUACUAUAGUGACCAGUAGUAUUGACAACAGUACUAUAGUGACCAGUAGUACUGACAACAGUACUAUAGUGACCAGUAGUAUUGACAACAGUACCAUAGUAACCAGUAGUAUUGACAACAGUACUAUAGUGACCAGUAGUAUUGACAACAGUACCAUAGUGACCAGUAGUAUUGACAACAGUACUAUAGUGACCAGUAGUAUUGACAACAGUACCAUAGUGACCAGUAGUAUUGACAACAGUACCAUAGUGACCAGUAGUAUUGACAACAGUACUAUAGUGACCAGUAGUAUUGACAACAGUACCAUAGUGACCAGUAGUACUGACAACAGUACUAUAGUGACCAGUAGUAUUGACAACAGUACUAUAGUGACCAGUAGUACUGACAACAGUACUAUAGUGACCAGUAGUACUGACAACAGUACCAUAGUGACCAGUAGUACUGACAACAGUACUAUAGUGACCAGUAGUAUUGACAACAGUACUAUAGUGACCAGUAGUACUGACAACAGUACUAUAGUGACCAGUAGUAUUGACAACAGUACUAUAGUGACCAGUAGAACUGACAACAGUACUAUAGUGACCAGUAGUAUUGACAACAGUACUAUAGUGACCAGUAGUAUUGACAACAGUACUAUAGUGACCAGUAGUAUUGACAACAGUACUAUAGUGACCAGUAGUAUUGACAACAGUACCAUAGUGACCAGUAGUAUUGACAACAGUACUAUAGUGACCAGAAGUACUGACAACAGUACUAUAGUAACCAGUAGUAUUGACAACAGUACUAUAGUGACCAGUAGUAUUGACAACAGUACCAUAGUGACCAGUAGUACUGACAACAGUACUAUAGUAACCAGUAGUACUGACAACAGUACUAUAGUGACCAGUAGUAUUGACAACAGUACUAUAGUAACCAGAAGUACUGACAACAGUACUAUAGUGACCAGUAGUAUUGACAACAGUACUAUAGUGACCAGUAGUAUUGACAACAGUACCAUAGUGACCAGUAGUAUUGACAACAGUACCAUAGUGACCAGUUGUAUUGACAACAGUACCAUAGUGACCAGUAGUAUUGACAACAGUACUAUAGUGACCAGUAGUACUGACAACAGUACUAUAGUGACCAGUAGUAUUGACAACAGUACUAUAGUGACAAGUAGUACUGACAACAGUACUAUAGUGACCAGUAGUACUGACAACAGUACUAUGACAACAUUUUAA